AGAAGAUUAGGGACAAAAACAUAAGUUUUCCUUGUCAGGAUGCAAGCAGCUGGUUCAACUACAACUACUGCAUCAUUAACCACCGGAAACUAAAAAACCAAACUGAAACAGUAAUCUCUCUCUUUCACUCUAAACCGAAUUCUUCCGGUCACCGGAGCUUUUCAAAUCCCUCAAUUAGCUGCAUUUCAGAUUCUAAUUCCCAAUCAAAAAUUUGAUUGCCCUCGCAGCCACUGAUUGUGUUUCCAUGCCAAUUACUAGUAGUGGUGUGUUCCGUGACUCUUGCCAUGGCGUCUUUGAUCAAUGCUACCGCCUUUUCCCUUGCCUCGCGGAUCCUGCAAGGAGAUCUUCGUUGGGGUUGAAGGCGGCAUUUGUGAUACUACAUGUGAUCUAUGUUGGAAUUCUCUUUCUCUUCGAUAAAUUUUUAAUAGAGAAAGCAAGACAACAGCCUUGGUACAUUGCUUUAUAUUUAUUAUUGUUUGUUGUAACAUUGACUCAAUACUUCGUCACUUCUUGUUCUUCUCCUGGCUAUGUCCUUGAUGCAAUGAGAGCUCUGAAUGAGAAAAAUGCAAAAGCUUCAAUCACCUCCAAACAACCUGCUUCAAGUAAAAAUGGAAGCAUGAUUAUCACCGUGGAUGAGAGUCGCGCUGGAAGUCACGUAGUGUCUUGGACAAAGAUUGUUUUGGACAUGUACCCCCCUGGAACAUCCAUUAGGACUUUGACAUGUUCCUAUUGCAAUGUUGAGCAGCCUCCGCGAGCAAAGCAUUGCCAUGAUUGUGAUAAAUGCAUUCUUCAGUUUGAUCAUCAUUGUGUUUGGCUUGGAACAUGCAUUGGCCAGGGAAACCAUUGUCGAUUUUGGUGGUAUAUAUGUGAAGAAACAGCUCUGUGCCUAUGGACCGAAAUCUUGUAUGUUAUGUACUUGAAGGCUGACAUCACAAGGGCUUGGUGGAAAGAUGCAAUUGUGAUAAUUCUGCUGGUUACCUUGUCAAUUUCCUUGAUCUUUCUGCUGCUGCUCUUACUUUUCCAUAGCUAUCUUAUCUUGACAAAUCAGACCACCUAUGAACUUGUGAGACGCAGACGGAUCCCAUAUUUGAGGGGGAUUCCUGACAGAGUAUAUCCAUUCAGCCAAGGAGGUUGCAAAAAUGUAUAUGAUUUUUGCUGCGCACAAAGCAGACUGGAAAGGUUGCCCUCGGCAAUGGAACUUGAAAUGAAAUCAAGACCUUAUACAUGCUUAGAUUUUUUGGCAUGCCGAUGCUGCUGAGUUAGCAAGAUUAAGUUAAGUUUGACGGAUGGUAGAUCAAUCCGUGAAAAUGGUUUCGUUAAGUUUCAAUCAUGUUUUGCAGUGAUUUAAAUGUAUGUUUUCCACAACAAACAUAACCUGCCAAAUAUGUAUUAACUGUUUUUAUAACCAAAAGGAGGUCUAGUUUAGACAAAUGUACUGCUAGAAAAUCCACAAUGAAAAGCAAGAGCAUAAACAAAAAUAACUUAAA